GUUGUGAAAUAAAAAGUAUAAAAUGGCUUACCCUCAAACAUAAAAAACACCGCCAAAUUACAAAAUAAAAUGACCACUGAAAUUACACUCGAAAAUAUCGGAGCUCCAAACGUGCCAUAUUUUACACCAAUUCAAGACCCUCCACCGGGUACGCCAUUAUCUUUAAUCAAACGUAAAAUCACCCAAUCUAAUGGAGAGAUUACAGAAUUUCCACCAUUAUUUACACCGCUAAAAAUUCGUGAUACAAUAUUACCAAAUAGAAUAGUAGUAUCACCAAUGUGUACAUACAGCGCACAGGAUGGUAUGUUAACGGACUGGCAUUUAGUACAUUUAGGCCAAUUUGCUCUUAGAGGGGUAGGAUUAAUUAUUAUAGAAGCUACAGCUGUAACGGCUGAAGGUAGAAUAUCUCCUAAUGAUUCAGGAUUAUGGAAAGAUGAACAAAUUGCUCCAUUAAAAAGAAUUGUAGAUUUUGUCCAUUCUCAAGGAGUUAAAAUUGGUAUACAAUUAGCACAUGCUGGUAGAAAAGCUUCCACAGCAACACCUUAUAUUCUUUCCAAAGGACUUUUAUCUCCGGAAAAACAUGGUGGAUGGCCAAAUGAUGUUGUUGGGCCUUCUCCUAUUCCUUGGGACGUAAAUCACGCGUAUCCAAAAGAAUUAACUGUAGAACAAAUUUAUGAAAUUGAAGAAGCUUAUGUUGCUGCUGCUAAACGCGCUGAAAAAGCAGGAUUUGAUAUAAUAGAACUACAUUUUGCUCACGGAUAUCUUGCUCACGAAUUUUUCUCUCCUAUUUCAAAUAAACGUACAGAUCAAUAUGGUGGAUCAUUCGAAAAUCGUGUUAGAUAUGGGUUAGAGACUACAAAAAAAGUUCGCGAAGUUUGGUCAAAAGAUAAACCCUUAUUUGUUAGAAUUUCUGCUACAGAUUGGGUUGAUAAUGGCGAAGGUAAUAGUUGGGAAAUCAAGCAAUCUGUUAAAUUAUCUGAGCUAUUAAAGGAUCUUGGUGUUGAUUUAAUUGAUGUUUCCUCCGGUGGUAACACACCUGAACAAAAGCUUCAUCCUAUGACUGCUUAUCAAGUUUCUUUUGCCGAAGAAAUUAAGAAAAAUGCUAAUAUUAAUACGGGUGCUGUUGGUUUGAUUAGAGAUCCUAAACUUGCUAAUAAUAUUGUGUCAAGUGGUUAUGCUGAUUUGGUAUUUUUGGCAAGAAGCUUUUUGCUUGAUGGUAGCUGGGCAAUUAAGGCUGCUGAAGAAUUGGGUGUAUUGAUUAGAACUCCUACACAAUAUCAUUAUGCAAUUGAGAAGUUUUUGAUUAGAGAUGCUUGAUAGUGGUUUAUUCCUUUAUUUUUAUAAUUGAAUAUAUAAAAUGAAUAAAUAAUAAGAUAAAAAUUUAUCUUUUAUUUACUUAUAUAUAUAGUUUUUUU